AUGCCAGAAGCUGACACCAACCGCAAGCGCUCUCGCUCCCCUUCCGAUAGCGACCAGCAGAAGCAGCACAAGCGUGCCAACACAGGCGCUACUCUGUCCUCGGAUGACUCACAGGCUCAUGCACACCAGGGCUCCGCUGUAUCCGUCGCAGGUGACGUGAAUAUGUCCGAGGCUCCUGCGUCCGCGGACGACACCGCUGCGUCCACCCCCUCCCACUCUCAGCCCUCCGACAAGGCCGCAUCCGCCGACAUGGCAGACCAGUCUGGCGAUGCACAUGUCAAGCUCGAAGAGGGCUCUGCUACCACUUCUGCUGCCCCCAGCACCUCCUCGGCCACGGGCGCGGCCCCUGCUGCGAACAUCCACAUGCGCUGCCUCAUCGUUACGCAGGAUGCCUCCAUCAUCAUCGGAAAAGGGGGUUCGCACGUGAACGAGAUCAGGGAGAAGAGUAGCGCGCGAGUCAUGGUGUCCGAGAGUAUCCCGGGAAAUCCUGAGCGCAUUUUGAAUGUGAGCGGUCCGUUGGAUGCUGUAUCGAAGGCGUUUGGCCUCAUCGUACGGAGGAUCAAUGACGAGCCGUUCGACAAGCCAUCUGUCCCAGGCAGCAGGGCAGUCACGAUCAAGUUCAUGAUUCCCAACUCUCGAAUGGGGUCGGUCAUUGGAAAGGGCGGGGCUAAGAUCAAGGAAAUCCAGGAUGCUAGCGGCGCGAGACUCAAUGCGAGCGAGGGGAUGUUACCUGGCUCGACGGAGCGUGUCUUGAGCGUAUCAGGCGUUGCCGAUGCGAUCCACAUCGCUACAUACUACAUCGGCAACAUUCUCAUCGAAGCGAACGAGCGGCUGCCGUCCUACAAUAACUCUUCUUACUACCGUCCAUCCAGCAACUCGCGUCGCCCACCUCCAAACGGCUCGUCAUAUGUUCCGGGCUAUUCCAAUACUUACCCUGGCAGCUCCCAUGGGCCUCCGCAACAACUGCAGACACAACAAAUCUACAUCCCAAACGACCUUGUAGGCUGUAUCAUUGGCAAGGGCGGCUCCAAAAUCAAUGAGAUCCGGCACAUGAGCGCUAGUAAUAUCAAGAUCAUGGAACCAGGCGCUGUAGGCGUGGGCAUGAACGGCGCACCUGCACCCGCAGGUGGCGAGGGAGAACGGUUGGUCGUAAUUACGGGUCAACCUGCUAACAUUCAGAUGGCGGUGCAGCUCCUGUACCACCGACUUGAACAGGAGAAACAAAAGCAGCUGCGAGCGCAGCAGCAGAACGCAAGCUCGUAA